AUGAGUUUCAAAAAGAAGGGGAAGCUUAGUCCUCGUUAUGUAGGCCCAUAUGAAAUUUUGAAGCGAGUUCAGAGUGUUGCCAAUGAGUUGAGGUUGCCAAAUCAGUUGUCCAUGAUUCAUUCGGUGUUCCAUGUUUCUAUGAUUAAGAAGUGUAUAGCUGAUCCCGUUCCCAUUUUUCCUCUUGAAGGUUUAGGGGUAAAAGAGGACCUAUCUUAUGAAGAGUUACCGGUUGUGAUUUUGGAUCGUCAAGUUAAGAAAUUGAGGAAUAAGGAGGUUGCCCCCGAAAAAGUUCUAUGGAGGAACCACUUUGCUGAGAUAGCUACAUGGGAGGCCGAGGCCGACAUGAAAUCUCGCUAUCCUCAUCUUUCUCCCCUUAAUCCUAAUAAAGGUUGA